CCCAGGUACAGCGAGCGCUACACCAUCCAAUUCAUCCCUCAGUGGAUCCACGUCACCGAAGCCGUCGUCGUCCAUCUUGCAACCCUUCCUGCCAAAACAACCACUUCCCCCUAGGCCAGCCAACCCCCAAAAUAAUGUCUGCCACGCCCGAGCAACUCCUACUGCUCGCUGACGACAUCAAGCUCUCGCUGCUCGAGCGCCAGCGGUCGCAGGACCUCGGCCUAGCGCCGUCGUCCGAAGACUCCGUAUCCGCCUCGCUCGACCAGCUCCGUCGCGGCAUCGAGGCCCUUCAACAAGACAAGUCCCUCGACGCAAGCGACGCCGCCGAAACACUACCCCAUUUGGAAGCUCUGCUGUCCACUCUUACAACGCAGCACCAUGGUUUCGCUUCCGCCUCCCCCGCCGCCGCCUCCUCAAAUCCAUCCCCGACACCAAGAGCAUCCAAGAAUGUCCGCUUUAGCGAUACCCCCGUGUCGCCGUCAGACGAGCUGUUUGGAAGGUACCGCGACGACCCGGCCAACGAGUCGGAAGGUUACCGCGAUGUGGCCGCCCAGAUGGACAACCAGCAGGUCUACGACUACCACAACCAGAUCAUGGAGGAGCAGGACGAACACCUCGACCGUCUGGGCGAGUCCAUUGGUCGCCAGCGCGAGCUGAGCAUGCAGAUUGGCGAUGAGCUCGAUAGCCAUGUCGCCAUGCUCGACGAGGUUGACGGCGUCGUGGACAGACACCAGUCUCGCCUUGACCGCGCCAAACGAACUCUCGGGAGUGUGGCAAGAACGGCGGGCGAAAACAUGCAAAUGACAACCAUCAUUGCGCUUAUUAUCAUCCUCAUUCUUCUCAUUGCCGUCCUGAAAUAGAGAGACGCUGACACCCUCUUGACAAGGGUUAUAUUUUUAAAUGUGUAUACAGGCGUUUAGCGAGGGGCAUGGCAUAUUCCAUCAACUGCUUAAUUUACUUAUUCCAUAUCAUCUAUAGAUAUAUUAUGCAAACUUUUAUUGCUGUUUUUUC